AUGGAGGUGGAGUUCCUUGAGGAGGAAGAGUCUCCUUUGGAGGAAGAGCAGAAGGCGCAGGCCCAGGAGCAUGCCCAAGAGGCCCUCUCACACGAAAGCAGGGUUGUACAAGAGGCUGCAGUGGAGACAGACGAAAGCCUGGAGAGUCUCUCAAGAGGAUCCCAACACAAACUUUCUUUCCCGAGUGAGCUGGCUGCCAGUGAGUGUGCUGCAUCGUUACGUCAACGGGAUGAGCAAAGAACAGCCACGGUGGAUUUCAACACCUCUUCUAAGGAACUAUCUGGUGCUCUUCAACAGCAUCAGAGAACCCACACAGGGGAGAAGCCUUUUGAAUGCUCAGAGUGUGGAAAGAGAUUCAGUCGGAGUUCCAGUCUUCAACGGCAUGCAAGAACACACACAGGGGAGAAACCGUUUGAAUGCUCAGAAUGUGGGAAAAGAUUCAGUCAGAAUGGCAAUCUUCAACAGCAUCAGAGAACACACACAAGGGAGAAGCCUUUUGAAUGCUCAGAAUGUGGGAAAAGAUUCAUUCAGAGUGGCCAUCUUCAAAAGCAUCAGAGAACACACACAGGGGAGAAGCCUUUUGAAUGCUCAGAGUGUGGAAAGAGAUUCAUUCAGAGUGGCCAUCUUCAACAGCAUCAGAGAACACACACAGGGGAGAAGCCUUUUGAAUGCUCAGAGUGUGGAAAGAGAUUCAGUGCAAAUGGUAAUCUUCAAUGGCAUCAAAGAUCCCACACAGGUGAGAAACCUUUGGAAUGCUCAGAAUGUGGAAAGAGAUGCUAUCACAGUGGCCAUCUUCAACAGCAUCAGAGAACCCACACAGGGGAGAAGCCUUUUGAAUGCUCAGAGUGUGGAAAGAGAUUCAUCACAAAUAGUGAACUUAAACGGCAUACAAGAACACAUACAGGGGAGAAACCGUUUGAAUGCUCAGAGUGUGGAAAGAGAUUCAGUUGGAGUGGGGCUCUUCGAAAGCAUCAGAGAAUCCACACAGGGGAGAAACCUUUUGAAUGCUCAGAGUGUGGAAAGAGAUUCAGUCAGAGUAACCAUCUUCAAAGGCAUCUAAGAACCCACAGAGGGGAGAAUGCUCAGGAGUGUGGACAGAGAUUCAGUCAAAGUGACCUUCACGAGCAUUAA